UGAAACAUUUGCAAUCUAUUAAUUGACCACAUUAACAAGACUCAACAAAACGUUCGUUUGUUGCUCCCAAAAACCGCCACCUUCCUUUAAAAUGGUUUGAAAGAAGCUCAUUAGUGUCAAUAGACAAACACGUCUAAGCAUGGCACUCAAAGAAUUACUCAUGUCCGUCACCCUCCUCUUCCUUCUCCUCCGAGCCGCCACCGCGAACCACCGGCACGAGAACGUCAUCGACCGGUGCUGGCGCGGCCAGCCUAACUGGGCCACUGACCGGCAGCGGCUCGCCAUGUGCUCCGUCGGCUUCGCCGGGAAGAUGCGGCAGAACCGCGGCCACGGAGUGACCGUGUACACAGUCACCGACCCGGGCGACGACCCCGUGCAGCCCAAGCCCGGCACGCUGCGGUACGGCGCGACGGUGCUGCCGGGGAAGGUCUGGAUCACCUUCCGGCCGGGCACCAUGCACAUCAGGCUGGCGCAGCCGCUCUUCGUCAAGAGCUUCACGGCGAUCGACGGGCGGGGCGCCGAUGUGCACGUCGCGGGGGGCGCCGGCAUCGUGCUCUACGAGGUGAGCAACGUGGUCAUCCACGGGCUCCACGUGCACGGCGUCCGCGCGCAGGCCCCCGGGCGUGUCGUCCGGCCCGGCGGCGCCGUGCAGACCAUGGACGCCGGCGACGGCGACGCCAUCCGGCUGCUGUCCAGCUCCAAGGUGUGGAUCGACCACAACACGCUGGCGCGCUGCGAGGACGGCCUCCUGGACGUGACGCUCGGGUCCACGGACGUGACCGUCUCCAACAACUGGUUCCACGACCACGACAAGGUGAUGCUGCUGGGCCACGACGACCAGCACGUCGCCGACCGCCGGAUGCGGGUCACCGUGGCGUUCAACCGCUUCGGCCCCAACGUGAACCAGCGCAUGCCGAGGAUCAGGCACGGCUACGCCCACGUCGUCAACAACUUCUACGACGGGUGGAGGGAGUACGCCAUUGGAGGGAGCAUGGGGCCCACUGUCAAGAGCCAGGGCAAUCUGUUCAUCGCCUCCACGGCGAACAGUGCCAAUGUGACGAGAAGGAUGCCGGUCGGACAUGCCGCUGGGAAGGACUGGCAUUGGCACUCCAGUGGGGACUCGUUUGAGAACGGCGCCGUCUUCAAGCAGACCGGCAGCAGGGUGCGCCCGAAUUACAACAGGCAUCAGACGUUCCCGGCGGCGAGCGCCGACGAGGUGAGAUCGCUGACCAAGGACGCCGGUGCUCUGAGGUGCUCCGCCGGGGCCGCGUGCUGAACGGAGAGAAUAAAGACGUCCAGUGGAAAGUGUUAAUACUACUUUGAAUAUGGUGUAGUUGCUGAUGCAGCUUGUAGCUAUAAAAAUGGCUGGGGUUUUACUCCCUCCGUUUGCCCCAAGUCGAAUUUAUAGGGUUUGAUCAAAUUUAUUAUUAAAUAUAAUAUGAAAAUAUAUUCCAUUAUGUAUCUAACGGUACAGAUUUGUUAUUGUGAAUGUUUACAUUUUUUGGAUAAACUUUGUUAAACUUCAGGAAGUUGAGUUGAAACAAUCCAUGCAAAGUUUUUUAAAGAAAGUAUUUCCUAGCAUCCCUUGGAAGCGCUUUUACUAACCGCU